GCUGCAUCUUCCAUCUAGUGUAGGCAAGCGAAAAUAACAAAAGGAAGAAAUUUUUUAGUUCCCAAAUCCAGUCAAUACGCUUUUCCUUCUCCCCAACAGUUCUUAGGCACUCACCCAAUAAAUCGAUCUCAAUUUUCCUUCAGUAUCCAUCUUUCUCGCCACCAAAUCAGAAAGAGAAAAGAAGAAACCGCAAUCAGAGAGGGAGAGAGACGAUGAGGCCACCGAAAAGAUCGAUCCAAUUGUUGACAACAUGGGUGCGGCGACAACCGCCGAAGGUGAAGGCUUUUUUGGCGGUUGUGGCCGGUAUGUCGGCUCUGGUGUUGCUACGAGUUAUUGUGAACGAUCACGAUAACCUCUUUGUCGCUGCCGAAGCUGUUCACGCCGUUGGACUCUUUGUCCUUAUUUAUAAGCUCAUGAAGGAAAGAACUUGCGCUGGACUGUCACUCAAAACCCAGGAACUAACAGCUAUAUUUUUGGCUGUUAGAUUGUACUGCAGUUUUGUCAUGGAAUAUGAUAUACACACCUUGCUUGAUUUAACCACGUUUGCUACAACCCUGUGGGUUAUCUAUAUGAUUCGUUUUAAACUAAAGUCAAGUUACAUGGAGGACAAAGACACCUUUGCAAUAUAUUAUGUGGUGGUUCCUUGUGCUGUAUUAGCUUUGUUAAUUCAUCCGACCACAUCACAUCAUUUUGUCAACAGGAUUCUAUGGGCAUUCUGUGUAUACCUGGAAGCUGUUUCUGUGCUACCCCAGUUGCGGGUCAUGCAAAACACAAAGAUUGUUGAACCAUUCACAGCUCAUUAUGUGUUUGCAUUGGGUGUUGCAAGGUUCUUGAGCUGUGCUCAUUGGGUUCUCCAGGUUUUAGACACUCGUGGCCAUCUGCUAACAGCUUUGGGUCUUGGAUUGUGGCCUUCGAUGGUUCUUAUCUCAGAAAUUGUGCAGACUUUUAUAUUAGCCGAUUUCUGUUACUACUAUGUGAAAAGUGUUUUCGGAGGACAGCUUGUGUUACGCCUUCCUUCUGGAGUAGUAUAAGGAGGAUUGUAUGUGCAGGCUAUGGUUGGAAUUUUAUAUAUAUAUAUUUUGGUUGGUUUUCUUUUGUUAUUUAGCCUCAUCAUAUGGUCUAUGUUGGUCUCUGGUUCUUCCUUGUAGUCUUGACUGAAAUUUAAAUGUCUGGUCAGCAAAGUUGGCAAUUCAGACUACUUGGAUGGUUUAAAUUAUAACUUGAUUUGAACC